GCCCCUCCAUCCGUUGCUUUUUAGCCAACUCCACGCUCGUUGACCUUCCGCUCGUUCUUUUGUUCUCGGAGACGAUUAUGCCGGAUUGGACAUCGCCUGAGCAGCUAGCUUUGUCAUCAGACGUUCUUGUCAAGUUGACUCACGCAGUCGUCGGCGUGUACCUAUGGGAAUUCCUCCAAUCGUUAGAUUUUGAUUGGUCGUUUUUGUCGGGGAAACGGAAGUUCAAAUGGGUCAUGACAUUCUAUUUCCUCGUCCGAUACACAGCACUUGCGGCGUUUCUCACAUCACUUGUAGUUUUUGAUGUCAAAACCGAAAUCAAUUGCAAAGCAGUCCUUGCAGUCUUCCAGUUUACUGGCAGCGCUGUUGGCGGAUUCUCCAGCAUAAAUUUCGCAUUGAGAACGAUCGCUCUUUGGCAAAGACAUUGGACCAUUUGCAUCCUGAUGACCCUGCUUAUAUUGGGUCACUGGUCACUGAUUUUGCACGGCCUUCUCAUUGAGGGCGUGUAUGUGCCAGGACAAGGCUGCGUUAUCACGAAUAUACACAACACUGUUCUUACCGCCAACCUCAUAUACUCAAUGGUUCUCGACUUCAUUGUACUUGCUUUGACGAGCUGGAAGACCAUUAAGCUUAGGAACAAAAGCCGAAAGUCUCUUGGUGGUUUGAUCAUUCAGGACGGGCUGAUAUUCUUCGCCUCAUCAGUUUGUGGCAAUGUCAUUGCAGCGGUGUUCAUGAUAUUGAACCUGAGCCCCGUUAUGAGCGUUAUAUUCAACAUUCCGGCAGCAGCCAUAUCAGCAAUUGCGGCCACAAGAGCGGUGCGAAAGCUAACCAGAUGGACUCACGAUGGACCUCACAUUUUCUAUACUCAAGCCAAUUUACCAACGGGUGGAGAUGCAGAGGGGCUAUCAUCUAAGGAACAAGGUGCUCAGAUCCUAGCCUUGCCUACCCAUCAGAGGAGUCGGACAGACGGAGGGGUUCAUGUACAGGUGCGUCGAGCAGCUUCUUUUCGCCAUGGUGGUCUCACGCUGUGCAGAUGGAAACUUUCGUUGCCGUCGACCGCUCAACUCUGCCGGACGAGGAUAAGGGUGUAAUUCGGUUCGACCAUGACCCGUAUACUGAGGACGACAUCAAGCCCGUCCACACAACCUGAUACUCCAUAUGAGGCCGCCAGGUACACUCAUAUUCGAAUCUACUGUUCAAGAAUUGCUACUCACGGAGAUAAAACAGCACUCGCCAAGCCGUGCGUAAUGUUGUCUCAUAUUUCGUUCAUCGACACAAGUAUGAUUUUGUUUACAACCCUUCUGAUUUCCCACCGCUAUUUCUUGGGACACUGCUGUUUCUUGAUAGAUGUACUUUCCUUAACUGAAGACUGGGUUCUCUGUCGUUCAUUCUCGUCUAUUGACAGUGGCUGGUCCCACACAUCGAUGUUCCUGAUUAAGCAAAGGGCAUCUCGCCGGCCAUCCUGUUAUCUCGUGGCUUAGCCAUUCCGAGUCUCCUUGACGUCAAACCACGUCACACAAAGUUCCAUGAUCAUUUAGUGCGUAGAGGAAACUUCUGAUCGACCAUUGAGUUUUUUAUGAUAGUUGGGUUCCAGAGCAGAAUCUUGGCGGAAUAACCGACAUUCGAUACCCUUCUAUUCAGAUAAAGUGAUUAGGCGAAUCAGUGGUUUGCGGACCUCGUCUCGGAAAUCUCAGAUUCUAUAAUGCACCGUUCAUUGUAUCAUCAUGCCUAUGGAUUUCCGGUCUGGGAUGGCGUAGCGGUCGAUAUAUGAAGCUGCGUGGCCUAGACGUGUAUGCAAUUUUUCCAAUCU